AUGCGGUUUUCAAUUGCCUGCACUAUCGCAGUUUUACUGCAAACUGCUUUGACCGCCCCAUUAAAUCUUGGCAACAGUCCCCCAACUACCUCGCCCGAGGCUUCUACGGAUACGAUACUUCCCAGCCACAAUGUCUAUAGACCCCCGGGUCUUGAUAAGCGUGGAAGGAGGUCUGGUUUGGAUGACUUUGGCCGACAAUGUCGUCAGAAGGUCGCUGGAGGGGUUGCCUGGCUGAGGAAUGCGGGCGCCGAUUUGACUAAAUCAUGUCGCAAGGGUGUGAAUGAAGUGAAUGCCUCAGCGCAAAAAGCCAAUAUUGAUUUGACUAAACAUGUUAAAAAUAGUGCUGCUGAUUUGGAUGCCGCAAAGAAAAAGGCCACUGCUCAGGUUAAAAAGUUCAGGCAGCAAUAA